CAUAGCGACCUUCAAGGAAGUUGACUUUUAAACACCACCACUGUGAAAGCCCAUCAUUGCGAUACUCGACAAUGGCUGCUCAGGUGGGACCUCUGCCACAGCUCAAGCUGCCUUCGGGCCCUACGCCAAUCACUGCCGAACAACGAUACUGGAAGACGUUCAAGAACCAGCUUCUGAUUCCGUCACCAACAUCGUAUCCCGUCGUUCACAUCUCGGCCAAUAACGAUUCUUUCGCAGUCACCACAGGCACACGCAUUCAGAUCUACUCGAAUCGAACGCGCAAGCUUCAAAAGACUAUUACGCGCUUUGGGGACGUCGCACGUAGCGGUGAGAUCAGGAAAGAUGGAAGGGUACUGGCGGCUGGUGAUGAUACGGGAAAGAUUCAGGUCUUCGAUGUCAAUUCUAGGGCGAUCCUCAAGACAUGGACGCAGCAUAAGCAGCCAGCUUGGACAACCAAGUUCUCGCCGACUGAGCUGACGACCUUGUUGAGCGCUAGCGACGAUAAAACUGUUCGACUUUGGGAUCUCCCAAGCAACGACCCGACUACUACAUUUGUUGGUCACUCAGACUACGUUCGAUGCGCCAACUUCAUGCCUGGCACCAUGUCCAACAUGAUUGUCUCAGGAAGCUAUGACUCGACUGUCAAGCUUUGGGACCCCAGGGCAGGAAGCAACAGUGCGGUCAUGACUUUCAAGCAUGCUGCGCCUAUUGAAGAUGUGCUGUCUAUGCCCACUGGAACCGCAGUUCUUGCAGCUGCGGGUGAAUCCAUCAGCGUUCUCGACCUUGUUGCCGCGCGCCCUCUGCACAUGAUUACCAACCACCAGAAGACAGUCACUUCUCUCAGCCUCGCGUCCAAUGGCCGACGACUUGUCAGUGGUGGCCUGGAGGGUCAUGUUAAAGUGUUCGAAACGACUGGGUGGAACGUUGUCUCGAGCACCAAGUAUCAAUCUCCCGUCCUGUCUGUCAAGGUUAUCCCGUCUAGUGAUGAUGCCGAUUCAAGCGACCGACAUCUAGCAGUUGGUAUGCAGUCUGGUGUUCUUAGUGUGCGAACUCGCCUCACUGGAGCCGAGGCCAACAGAGAAGCCGAACGGGAGAAGGAAAUGGCUGCUCUGGUUGCUGGAACCAUUGAAGCCCAUGACGCCAAACGUAAGAAGCGGAAGAGGAGAGUUACCGCAGCAAAGAAGUUGGAUAUGGUUGGCGAGGGGGCCGAUGUUGUCAUUGCAAACGAGUCUCGCGCCUACAAGAAAAAGGAGCGCCCGUGGCAGAGUGACCUACGACAUGCUCGAUAUGCGCGUGCACUCGAUCAAGUCCUCGACAAAGACUCACCUGAGCAUUCACCUCUCAACGUGCUUACCCUUCUUCUGGCCCUUCGCCAUCGCAGUGCUCUCCAAGAUGCCUUGGAGUCUCGAGACGAGCACACAGUUCAGCCGAUCUUGAAAUGGGUUUGCAGUCACAUCUGCGACCCCCGAUAUGUUAGUGUCUGCGUAGAAGUUGGCCUCCACCUUCUCGAGCUCUACGCAGAGUUCGUAGGUGGUUCAGCAGAGCUGCAUGAAGGCUUUAGGACUUUACACCGCCGAGUUAGGGUCGAGGUGGAGAGAGCUCAGGUAGCAUGCCAAACCGGAGGUAUGCUCGAGAGUCUGAUGGUCGGGACCCUCUAAUAGAUAGACACGAAGCGUGUGGUAUUAUAUCCCGAGUUUGUUGGGCUCAGUUUGCAUUGCGCGUGGCGUUACGGCGGAUUAAAAUGGGAAUAUAUGGUUGUGAAACUAGUACGAGGCUUAGGCUUGCACUUGGAAGGGCGGCCGAAAGGAUUGAAUGUUGGUUGUGUGAGAUUGAUAUCAUGGAAUCGCUAUAUCUACGCCAUACGACUUAUUCACUCUGGCGCACACCGCGCCUAGAUAUUUGACUUGGUUUGAUCACAUUCGGUUCCUUGUAUGUGUUUGUGUGUUUUGAGUACCGUAUUGGUUUGCCAUCGGCAUAUGUAGCUACAUAUAUCCUUUAAGAGACCGACC